GCCUAUUUAUUUUAUGAAAAAGUAAAAAGCUAAUGGCGAAACGAACGAAUGGCGUGUCGUGCUCGUGCAAAAUCGGUGAAAACGUGAAAAUAUUUGCAUUUUGAAGUGCAUUUAUUUAAUUUGAUCGUUGGUAUGGAAAGAUAAUCAUCUAAAAUGAAGUCCGUUGUGGCUUAUGUUCGAAAUCUUUUAGGCUGGAGUGACGAAAAUCCAACAAUCAGCAGACCAAGCUUCAAACGCGACAGGGCAGAUGAUGGUUUUUCAUCGGAUGAGGAUUCACCGGCACUCAAAAAGCUUAAACACCUGAAGAGGACUAGCUUCCCAGAUAUUAUGGAUGAUUUAUGGGACAAAGAAGAGAAACCAAGUAAAAAUGUGAGAUAUGUGCCAAUUCACAUUGAGGCAGGUCAUCCAAGCACAUCCACACCAAAUCACAUAGUGAUUGGGAGACCAGCUACAAGGGAGAGGACUGUACCAAUCAAAGUCCUGGGUAUGUCAGAGAAUGGACCCUCAGUGCUCCAGACCAGGAGCCCGAGGAUGCACACUCCAGUCAGGCCCAUCAUACAUGCAGUGGUUGAUGAUGAAGACGAUGAUGACCAAGAGGUGACAUACGUCGAAAGGAAACCACAGAAACCAACCAAGUACAUCAACUUGGAUGAGGAAGACUUUGACGAGCCGGACCACAGCACGCAGGAUGACGACGUCAUAUUCGUGCCCACGUCUGCCACUGGAAAACCUUACAAAUACUUCUACAAUCACACUCGAAACCCUGAAGACGACCCUCUACAAUAUCACAGACGGAAUCGAAAACUCAAUGAUAGGAAUACAAACAAUGUAUCACCAAGAACAUACAUUAAAUUUAAGGCACCACCCGGCAUAACAAAAACAUAUAAAAAGGCACCAACACCCAUUCCAAAGUGGAUGCAAGCUUCCAAACCUUCGAAUCUCUCAAGUAGUAGGAAUAGGUUCUUUAAUCUUAAUGGAAAUGCUAGGUCUACGUUAUCAGAAGUAUUUAAUUUAGAUGAAAAGAGAAAUUAUCAAGAAUUAAUUAAACGCGUGACGCAAUCUAUAAAGACGCCGACGAUCGGGAAGCCCGGUGAUGUCAUCAAUCUGGCUGACGAGGCAGCGUCCUUCAGGUUGACACAGAGAUCACAGAAAAAGGCUUUAGAUGAAAUCAAGUUAGUUGAGAAAGGUCUGAGUGCAGAAAAGGAAAACGAGACUACGAAAGAAUAUGAUCCAAUCACAGUAGCUUCAAUAAAUUCGUCUGACUCCGAAGUGGAAGUAGUUCCUUCGGAGUCAUCUAGUUCGUCGGUUAGAAUAGAUCCAAUAAAUACCCUCCGGGAUUCGUUUAAAGAUAGAGCGAUCAUAUCCAGUGAUUGGCUGUCCAAGUUAGACACUAAGUAUAAGAAAAAGAAGAAUGAUACUCAAGUUAAGUUGGCGGACGCGAGGCGGGAGUCUGAUAUUAUAUCUAAGGUAAACUGUGAACAGAAGAUCGCUCACUUGGAACAGAAGUUGAAAUAUGAGCUCAGUAUCCCCGAGAGUCUGUUUGAGGAGCCCCAGCCCACCGCGGAGCUCCCGCCCCUCACUCCCGAGCAGGAGAAACUUGUAAAUAGGGCUUUGGGACCCGGACCUCCAGGGCAGUUGCUUGUUGAGAAGUUUAAUUUGCGGAUACACAGACGAGACCUGCAGACGCUGUCGGGCCUGAACUGGCUGAACGACGAGGUGAUCAACUUCUACAUGAACCUGCUGAUGCAGCGCGCGCUGGAGCGGCCGGCGCUGCCGCGGGUGUACGCCGCCAACACCUUCUUCUAUCCCAAGCUGCUGCAGGCCGGCCAGCCGGGGCUCAGGCGGUGGACGCGCAAGGUGGACAUAUUCGCCAACGACCUGAUGGUAGUGCCAGUCCACCUUGGCGUGCACUGGUGCAUGUCCAUCAUAGACUUCCGCAAGAAGCAGGUCUCGUACCUCGACAGCAUGGGCGGCAGGAACCAGGCCUGUCUCGAUGCGUUGCUCAAAUAUCUCAAGGACGAACAUCAGGACAAGAAGGGGCAGCCGUUUGAUGCUAGCGGGUGGAAGGGGGAGUGUCUCAAGGACAUUCCCCAGCAGAUGAACGGCAGCGACUGCGGCAUGUUCUCGUGCACGUUCGCGGAGUUCUCGUGUCGCGACGCGCCCUACGCCUUCACGCAGGCGCACAUGCCCUAUCUGCGCAGGAAGGCUGCGCUCGAGAUACUCACGGGGAGGCUGCUGCUAUAGGCGCGCGGCGUCGUCACAAGGGAUUUUAAAUCUUGCACGAGAUGUGCACAGAGAAAACAAACUCCAAAAGAGACAAUAGUGCCGAGAUGAUGGACACUUACGGACAAAACAGUGAUUUUGACAGCCAGUGAUUGUGGAACGAAUGUGCUUAGACUGAAAGCUUAAACUUAAACUAUAUAUAGUCUUCAAAGUGUUAAUAUUUUAGGGUGCCGAUUCUGAUUACGUUAACAUAAUCACGUCUGAAUGGUUUUCAAUUUUUUUUUAAACACUAUUGAGUGACUAUUGUGAAACCAUUGUGACACGAUUAGUAUUUAACAUUGGCAGGUCGACGCCUCGUUACGUAUUACGACAUAUGUAAUAAAAGUUAGUCAAAAAUGCAUUAUAUUUCUCUGUUUUUGGUUUAUUAUAAAGUCAAAGAAAUAGGUACGAAAUACACAUUUUUUUUUACGAACAAACGGAAUAUUGUAUAGACUGUUUCAAAGCAGAAGGAAAAAUGGAUGCCUCGAUUGAGUGAUGCAAUUAUUUAUAUCAUUGUAUACAUUAAAUAUCUCAUGAGUUUUUUGAUUUAUAUAUUACUUUAUGUAUAAAAGGCAAUUAUCUAUUUUGACUUCGUUAGAAACACAGUUCUCCUACCCGAUGCCGAAUGAAAGUAUUUGUAUGCUUCGUAUGCUAUGUAUACAGCAUACGAAGUAAUGAGGGUUACGCCAAAACACAAAAGUUGUUCCUAGACUAAUUUAGGCAAUAAAAAUAGAUAGAAUAAAGAUCAUUAUUAGUCCUUUUGCUGAAAGAAAAUCGAAAUAACGUCAUGCUUAAUGUGUACAAGGAGCAAGCGUUGACUGAUUUUGUUGUAAACAUAAGUAAAAACAAAUUAGCUAUGCUCUAUUUCCUAUGCUAUGAGAGAGCCUAUGAGAAAAUGACAAACGACGCCUGAUGUCUACAUAAUAUAUGUCCAUUGUGCGAUAUUUAAACUGUAGGAAUGGGAUUUAAAACCUUAUCGUCAUAGAAAAACCAAUCAGGACCGUUUUCUGAACUACUCAGAAACAGAGUAUAGCAAAUAUGUCUUUAUAGUUCAAACACUUCACUAAUGCCUACGAAAGCCUUUUAAAGUUUAGGUCUCGACGACCGAACAGUUAUAGCUUGUAAUAGAAAUAUUAUAAUUUUCUGUUUUGUGACAGUAACAAAAGAUGUUAUUACUAUAUACUUACCAAUUUCAAAGUAUGUGAAUAAACCAUAAUAAACAUGUCAUUCCUAUAUAUUUGUUUUGUAUUAUAAAAACCAUAUGUAUGGAGGAAUCAGUGUUAAUUAAAAGAAUUUAGUUUAUAAAAUGAAAUCUUUUCACGGAUUUGUAGAAGUUCCGACAACAAAGAAUUGUUUUUUAAACGAUCGAUCCACUCUGGCACUGUGCCUCCAAGCCUCCAUAGCAAAAUCAUUGUAUUUUCAAUUUCUAAAGUCACGUAUUUAGUUUUCCAUUAUCAGGGGUUCGAUUCUGCUAACAUUAAGUCAAAAUAGCGUUUUAAUAAUAGUUCUUAUUGCAUGUAAAUAGGAACUACUUUUGAGACGCGAUGUUGCUAACUAUUGCAUCGUUAUAGCACUAGUCCAAAUAACACUAAAUAAUAAUCACUUUAAGAACGGCUGGACCGACUUCACUUAAAAAUUUUGUUCAGAGAUAAAAAUUAAGGCUGAUUUCUCCAUAUAAAAUUCUCAUAGCCUGGAAAAAAAGAGUUCGUUAUUAGUGACAAGUCUAGCGAAAUAUUAUCAAGCUCUUGUCGAGUUUCAACACAAUAUUUUGUAGAUAAUAUUAUAUUUUUAGUAAAAAAUAUAUGACACAUAUUUUUUACGAAAAAUAUAAUUAAAAAGAACGAUUCUGCUAACGUUGAUGUAGAAAUUUUAAAACCGUGCUGCCUCAAUGGUUUAUCAAUAGCAGUAGGUACUUAUUGCAUGUAAAGCGAACUAUUGAAAAACCAUUGCGACACGUUUACAUCAGAAUCGACUCCCUAGUGUUUUGAAAAAGAAUCCCUAAUGCUGCACACUUUUUUGCCAAGCCAUAGAUAAAUUAACUUAUUGUAAGGGCACUGUCCCACUUAUCAAAUUCUUUGCCCACAAUUUUUGCGGUCUCUAUCAUCUUAAAUAACGCUAAAGUGACAGCAAUAGUAUUGGACGGUUUGUUAAGUGGAAUGACGCCCGAAAGGACAGUACGAAGAUUCUGUAAUUAUAUUAGUUAAGAUAAUAUCAGUAAGUUAAACUAACUUAUAGUUCGCAUUAUGUUUCGAGUUGUAAAGGUAUCCUGGACAAUUUUCUAAGUGAUGGAAUAAAUUAAUACAAUCCAU